AUCAUCAACAACACAUGCAACAUUAUUUGGACAAUUCCGGUGCUGGUCAUCAUUCCAUGAAUGUUGGUGGUCAAUCCAACAAUACAAUUUCCUCCACUGCAAGUCAUUAUGUAUUUGGUGGUGGAAGUAGUCAAGCUACUUCUACACUUCAACCUCUUCCAAAUACCUCAUCCUUGUUGAGUGGUGCAAGUGGAAACCAGCAUGUUGUAGGAAACAAUCAACAUACAAAUAAUGGUCAAUCUUCUACAACCUCAAUACAAAUACAAUUACAGCAACUACAACAAUAUCAACAACAAAGAUAUGGUACUAAUAAUACAACUCAACAAUUGCCUUCCAUGAAUGCCUACCCAUCUCAGCAAAAUCAAGAAGAUGACCAGUUGGCUGAUUGGAUGAAUGAACAACCUUCUAGAAUGUUGCAACAACAAGAACUUCCUCCAUUUGAGAAUGAUUUUGGAUUUGAUGGAUGGUUCCAAUCUGAGGAGAAUCUUAAUAAUGUUCUAUCUCAACAAUUGACUAAUGGUUACUUCCAGAACUCAAUGAUGGGUAACUUGAACAACCAAGGUGCACAAGAUAUGGACAACUACCAAUCAAGACAAAUGGGACUCGGUUCCAACUUUAACCUUAAUUCUGUGUCAGGUAAUUUAAUGCAAAAUGGUCAACCAAAUUUUGUAAUGGACGAUCCAAACUUUAAUGUCUGGGGUGAUGCUGGAGAUUUAGAUUUGGAUGAAGGAUUACUGAACAAACACCAAGGUAAUCCACUCUUUGGCGGUACUCAACUCUUUACCAAUCAUACAAUGUCGACAACUGAAUCUAAGGGCGUGACUAGUAUAACAGCAUUGGCAAAUAGUUUGAAUUUCAGUGAAUCUCCUCAAAUGAAAAAGACAAGGAAAUCGAAGAAGACCAACAACUUAACAGAACACUAUCAACAAAAUGGCUUUGAUGAAUCUUAUGAACAAAACAUUUUAGAUAUGGACAAUGAAAGCUUUAAGAAUUAUGUUAACGGUUUGUAUGGUGAAAAGGGAAAGAAGAAGAAUAAGACUCAAAUUCCAUUCAAUGAAGAAGACUUUUCAAAACUACUCCUAGCCAAGGAAAGAAUUACAGAACUGUACCACCAAUGCCAGCAGGACAACAUGAGUCUAGUCAACUCAGUGAUGAGUCAAUACACACCAUCCAUGGAGAUGGAUGAUUCUUUAAGUAACGAAAUGAAAGAACUCUAUGCCAAGGUUAACGCCAAACUGGACUAUAAGAACACUGAGAAUAAGAACCACUGUGAACAAGUGCUCAAGAAACUCAUCUAUGAAUGGGUUGACAUGGUUAAGGCUCAAAAAACAGUGGUCAGUUCAGACAAGACUAGUAAUGAUUCUUCCAACAAAUCGAGCAAAAAAUCAAAGAGUGCCAACAGAAGACUUCCUAAUGAAGCUAAGAAAGUUUUAGAAAAUUGGUUCUUGGAACACUACAAGCAUCCUUACCCAACCAAUGAAGAAAAACAAUGGCUAAGUGAUCAAACUCAACUCAACCUCACUCAAAUCAAUAACUGGUUUAUUAACAAGAGAGGGCGAUCUCUCAAAUUGGUGAAGGAAAAAUUAAGGACUGAAACUGAUGAUGGAGAAGAAGAAUAAAUCAAAACUAAAAUUUACAUUGUAA